AUGCUAAUAGAGGAAGGUGGGCCGGAAGAGAAAGGACCGGUAGAGAAAGGACUGGAGGAGAAAGGACCGGAAGAGAAAGGACCGGUAGAGAAAGGACCGGUAGAGAAAGGACCGGAAGAGAAAGGACCGGAAGAGAAAGGACCGGUAGAGAAAGGACCGGAAGAGAAAGGACCAGUAGAGAAAGGACCGGUAGAGAAAGGACAAGAGAAAGGACCGCAAGAGAAAGGACCGGUAGAGAAAGGACCGGAAGAGAAAGGACCGGAAGAGAAAGGACCGGAAGAGAAAGGACCGGAAGAGAAAGGACCGGAAGAGAAAGGGCCGGAGGAGGUUAAGCAAGAUAAUCUUCAGGAGGGUUGUUCAAUACCCACGACUAAAUUUAGGUUACGACUCCCUGUAAUUUUACUUGCGUUGGAAGGUGUCUCCACGUUUCACUAUCGAAAUCUAUUUACGUGUAUUGGACAUGAAUGA